CAUCUGCGGUCACAGUGGUCCUGUCAGAGCGCAGGAAGGUGAUAAAGACACCACAUCAAAUAGACUCAACACUUCUCACGUUCACUUUGCACACACACAAAAACAGAAAGAAAAAAACCACUCGGGAUGGAUUCUAGGCUGCUGAUUGGACCGGGGAUCCCCACAUCAGACCCGACCACCCGGGCACCGUGGAACAUCAGCUCCAUCAGUCCGCACCGACUCAUGGAUCUGUCUUCAGUGGCUACAACUGGUUCCAUGUUGCCGAGUUACCCGUUUCCCACAGUCAAUGUACCGAACCACGCUCACUACACCAUCGGCAUUGUCAUCAUGGCCGUGGGCAUCACGGGCAUGCUGGGAAACUUCCUGGUUGUAUACGCUUUCUGCAGGAGCCGGAGCCUGCGGACGCCGUCCAACAUUUUCAUCAUUAACCUGGCGGUCACAGACUUCCUCAUGUGUUUCACCCAGACGCCCAUCUUCUUCAUCAACAGCAUGCACAAGAGAUGGCUCUUUGGAAAGAAAGGUUGUGAGAUAUAUGCCUUCUGUGGGGCACUGUUUGGUAUCUGCAGUAUGAUGACUCUGAUGGUGAUCGCGGUGGACCGAUAUGUGGUCAUCACCAGGCCUCUGGCCUCCUUAGGAGUGAUGUCUCGCAGGAAAGCCUUGAGCAUUGUGGCUGUAGCCUGGGUCUACUCCAUGGGCUGGAGCCUCCCCCCCUUCUUUGGUUGGAGUGCCUAUGUCCCGGAGGGUCUCAUGACGUCAUGCUCCUGGGACUACAUGACAUUUACGCCUUCUGUCCGCUCCUACACGAUGCUGCUCUUUACUUUCGUCUUCUUCAUCCCUCUCUUCAUCAUUAUCUUCUGCUACUGCUGCAUCUUCAGGGCUAUCAGACAUACUACACGAGCGAUAACAAAAAUCAACUGUGAGGGAACCAGAGACUCUGCGAGGAGGUUCCAUAAGAUGAAGACUGAAUGGAAGAUGGCCAAGAUUGCGCUCAUUGUCAUUCUGCUGUUUGUCAUCUCCUGGGCACCUUACUCCUGUGUCGCCCUCACUGCAUUCGCUGGGUACGCCAACAUGCUGACUCCCUAUAUGAAUUCUGUUCCUGCUGUGAUCGCCAAAGCAUCUGCGAUUCACAAUCCCAUCAUAUACGCUAUCACACAUCCAAAAUACAGGUCAGCACUCAGCAGAUACAUCCCGUACUUGGGAGCGUUGCUCUGCAUUACUAGCAGAAACCGCUUCAGUAGCAGCUUCCAGUCCACGCGCCAGUCGACCCUCACGAGCCACUCAGAGAGCAAAGGCCCCAGCAAGCUCCGCCACUCCUCCCAGUCUGAGAGUGAAUCAGCUCACUUCUCGGACACGGAGGACGACUGCUCGUCGCGGACGACCGUCACUCGUCAGUUGUUGGCUGAUGUCAAACAGGUGCGCCAUCCGAGCCAAAGGGUAAAGACUCUGACGGAGCCGGAGGACAUCUCCAUGUUGGACAUCAGUCUGCUGCCAACCAGUCAUCUGCCUGCUACUCAAGAUAAACUGAUGUCGCAGUCAAGGCCGGGGACUGUGUGUAAAUCUGCACCAUCCAUCAUUGUCACCUCCAUAUCCAGCCCGUCUAUAUUGCACAGUCCUCCGGGUUUUCAUGGCAACCACAAAAGGACCAAAACUCACAGCUCAGUAUCCAAGGAGCCUCUAGACGUCGCACAUCUGGAGACAACGGAACUACAGUGAACCGCUGGACAAAAGUGCAAUGAGAAUGUAUAAGUGUGUGUAUGUGGGCUUGUGUUGAUGCAUUACAGUAUUUCCCCCCCCUCAUGGGACGUUUCAAUGCCAGCAUUCCGUUUGUGAGUGGCGGUAACUCCAAGCCAGAGCAUGCCCUCGUACAUGUUUUCAUGUGUGAGUAGUAAAUUUAAAAAACAUGUGUCCGUAUUUACAGAUAAAAGUAUGUCACGAUGGUUAAAGAGUGUUUAGGACUCAGCUGGAGGCAUGAAAAUCAGCUUUAAUGAGCACCAUGGAAAAAAAGGUUCUCUCUAUAGUCAGGGUUUAUAUUUGAAUCUCUUAUAAUCGGACUUUUACAAAACAAAAUAUUUACAUUCAUUAUGCAAUAAUGGUGUUCAUUCAGCUUUUUUUCUGGCGUAUUGUAAACACAUCAGAACACUGAACAUUGUUUAUGAGCAAUAUCUUUGGCAGAGCAGUGACACGACUUUGUUUAAAUAGCGUUGGAAGACGACCCCGGAGCAUGUAUGAGGUUUGCUUGUGCUUUUGUUUCCUAUAGUUCCUAUUAUCACUUUUUGUGUUUUGGAUCGAUCGCUUGAAAAACAUGUGUGCUGGCAGUUCAGAUUGGUUUGCAUGUCUAUGUAUGUGUGUGUAUGUGUGUGUGUGGGGGGGUCUUAUAUAUAAAUGCACAUGUGCCUCCCUGAUCAGAGGUCAGCCUGUGAAUUCAAAACUGAAUCAACCAUUCACACCUAAGGUCAAUGUAGAGUGUCCAUCUUACCUAAUCCCCAUAUUACAUGUUUUGGACUGUGUGAG